UGCGCAGUGUUGUGCCGGCAGAGACACCCACGAAAGCGGUCGAGGCAGCCCCAAGUAGACCCAUGCCGCUCACCGACCAUGCCCCUGCCGUGCUGCGCGGCGUCGCGACGGCGGCCAGUUGGUUUGUUAUCAUUGUGAGCUUGUGGGUCGCGGACAGGAACCGGAGGCCCAACGCCUUCGCUGUGUUCGUCUGGCUCGCGGCGCUGAGCGCCCUCGCGGCGUCGAUGGUCGGCUGCUUCUCGUUUUUCGCGAGCCAGAAGCUCGAGCGGUGUCGCCACUUCAUGGCAGCAUCGGCCGCUCUGUCAGCGUUUUGGCUCUUCGUCGCCCUCCUCACGCCAACAAAACAACGCGAUCUGGGGAAGGACGGCCUCGCGCUGGCGGCCAUCGCCGUCGUCGCCGCGGUCGUGGCCGCGGCGCUGGCCCUGGCCGCGACGCGGCUCGAGGAGCACGGGGUGCUUAUUACGGAAGGGUGCUGUCCCGCGCGGCCGACGCUGCCGGCGCUGCCACCGUGCCCGCCGUGGUGUGUGUGUCCCGACGUCCGCACGUGGUGGGGGUCGCGGCCGUCCGUCGUGACGACGCCGCCGGAGAAGGCCGUCGACGACGCGCCGCGGCUGCUCUACCCGAUUCCCGGCGCGGCGGAGGCCCGCGUCGUGCCCGUCGACCCUGCGGCGGACGAGCUGCCGCCGCCGCCGCUCACGGUGUACCCGCUCAGUCCAUAACGG